CCCAGAGAGUGUGAGACACGGGGCAACAGCGGCGACGGGGAGAGACACUAACCAUGGUCCGGCUAAUAGUUUUAUCGGGAAUCCUGAUUCUGCUUUGUCAACAGAUGCUUGUGAUGGCUCACUUCCUGAGCAGACCGUCCCCUGCCAACAACCUGGCUAAACUAAAGACUCUUCUACAGCAGCUGGAGGACACCUUGGCACAGGUGGAAGCAGAGGGACCAGACUACGAGGAGCUGAGCCCAGAGGCUGACCCUGGACAGGUGGCCCAGGACUGGGCAGGGCAGCAGGAAAGUCCCAGGGCUCAGCCCGAGGACGCAGGCCUGCCAGAGGAACCCGCCCAGAAUGUGCAGACUGUCAAGGACCAGAGGAACCGGCUGCAGGACCUCCUCAUGAUGGCCCGGAGCAAGAGCUUCUCUGCCUGCUUCGGCGGCAGACUGGACCGGAUCGGAACCUCCAGUGGACUGGGCUGCAACACAAGCCGAGGUUGAGGACAUGGCCAUGAUGACUCUGGAUUCUGCUUAUAUGAAAUCAGCUUCAUCAAUAAACAACAACACAAAUGGCACCCCAGUGUUGUGGUUCAACAGUUUUUUUUGUCUUAUUUCAUACUGUACUGGACUGUCAGUAUGGAAAAUGAGGGGUGGAGAUUGCUUCCCCUGUUGUGUCUCUAGAGUCUUGUUGAAGCAUGUUUCUGUUCUGUAUGCUCACCCUUUCCUGACAAAUAAACAUGGAAAACACUG